UAUUCUUUUGUAAAAAUUGUAAAUAGUAAUCUAUAAAAAGUAAAAUAAAUAAUACAAGUUAAAUAAAUAUUUAUAAAUUGGAACAAAAGUGUUUUAAUGAUGGAAGAUUACGAUAGUGAUGCGGUUAUUGAUGCCAUAGAGGCGAUGCAUUCGUGUCGCUGCUGCCUGCGUCGCCCUCCAGACAAGGGCUUGAAGACUUUGUAUACUCAUGUCGGAAAAACUGAGAUAUAUUUGGAUAUGAUUGAAGAAUGCUUUAAUAUACGUAUUGCAAUGGGCAGUGACAACGAGAGCGGAAUCUGCGAGGCGUGCGUGGGGCGGCUGCGGGACGCGAGCGAGUUCAAGCACCUAGUGCAGCGCAGCCAGGCCGAGCUGCAGCGGUUGCAGUUCAUUCAUUUCUUGGAUGAGAAACCCGCAAUCAAGUCUGAAGCUGUGGAAGGAAGUGCCACACAUGAUGAUUUUACACUCCGCGAAGUGCACCCGGUCAAGUUGGAGGCGAAGAUGUCGGAGGGCGAAACGAUCAACAACGGAGAAUUGGUACAAGCACUGCCAUUAGCCGUCCCACCACCAGCCCCAGCGCGGACGAGGAAUUAUUCCACCCACGCCUUAGAACAACUCGAGAUGCUGGCGGGCUCAGAGUCAGCAAGCACUUUCACGGAAUCUUCUGCGUCCGCCGUUGCAAGGAAACAAAUGGCGAAGCUAUCCCAACUUCCCCCCGCACCACCCUUGGACGCUCAACCAGGACAGCCUGCACCUCGCAACAGGGGACCCCCCAAACCUGUCUCCUGCGACAUAUGCAAAAGACAAUUCCAGUUUAAACAUCUCCUAGUCAAACAUAUGCCUAGACAUACUGGAAUAAAGCCUUACGCCUGUGAAGUAUGCAACAAAAAGUACUCACUGAAAUCCGUCCUAAAGAAUCACCUAAAAACUCACACGGACAACAAGUUCUCCUGCGACGUAUGCCAAAAAGAAUUCAAUUAUGGAUAUAACUUAAAAUCUCAUAUGCGUGUGCACACAGGUGUCAAACCGUUUUCAUGCGAAGUUUGCAAUAGAGAGUUUUCUAAAAAGCUUUCUUUAAAAAGUCAUUUAAUCAGUUCUGGUCAUUUACUUCCGAUUUCUUGCAAAAUUUGUAAAAAACGGUUCGCUUAUGAAAGUGAAUUAAAUGAACACAUUACUAGUUUGCAUGGAAUUAAAAAAACAAACCCACUUCAACCAAAAAAACGACACAUUAAAAAACAGCAUACAAAUGAAAUUCUAGACGAUCUUCAAACAAAUAAUCCGCAUACAAAGGAACAAGAAGAACAAACAAGAAAUAAAACAAAUCUCUCAGGCCAAUUAUUCUGCUGUGAAAUAUGUGGGAAGCAAUAUAGACUUAAGAAAUUAUUCGAUGCCCACAUGAAUAGGCACACGGGAGUGAAGCUUGAGUACUGUACUUUAUGUGACAAACGCUUUGCAGAAAAAAGUACUUUGAAAAGUCAUAUGCUAUUACAUACUGGGGAAAAACCUUAUCCCUGCGCGAUAUGUCAGAAACGAUUCCGGCAGAGCUCAGCUUUACAAUACCACAUGUUAAUACACAAAGGUGUCAAACCUUAUUCCUGCGAAGUUUGUAAUAAAAAUUUCAGACAUAAAUCUGCUUUGAAAGUUCAUAGCAAACGGCAUACGGGACAGAAAGCACAUGGUUGCGAUAUAUGUAAAAAGGAAUUUAUAGUACUAGCUGCAUUAAAGGAGCAUCAACGUAUUCACACUGGAGAACAGCCUUACGUCUGUAAAGUUUGUCAGAAGCAAUUCCGGUUAGCCAGCCAUGUUAGGAGACAUCUGAAACGCGUCCACAAUGAAGCAGUCUCCAAUUAUAUUGUCAUAAAGAAGUGAUAUUUAUUCUAAUUAUAAUAAGAUUCACCGGUGUAUUCCCAUUUCCCCGGUGUGUCCCCGCCCCAUGUGGCCAUACAUGAGGCGGAGACAAAUGGGAAUGUAUUAUAUGAAAACCCUAUUCCCAUUUGUGUCCGGCGAGGAUAGUUGGAAAUACCGAUUCACCACAUAUCUUACGAGAUUUUUAUUAGUUUCACAAGUCAAGUGAGUAUUUAUGUAUUUAAUACACCUUUGCCAGUCUGAAACUAUAUGCUUAUUAAAGUAAAUAUUCAAUUGUUAUUAUAUUAUGCUAACUAUAAGUUUUAUAAAUAUUUAAUACAGUCACAAAUGUUAUCUCUGGUUUUGAAAACACUGACAUACCGAUAUUCAUUUGAGUUUACUGUAAAUUUGUAGAUAGAAUGAUGACAUAGAUCAAUAUUGAUAUCGGUUACCUCUAUGCCUUUUGUUGAUUUUAGUUGAUACUAAAGUGCCAGAUGUUAUUCUGAUCUCUGUUAGGUCUACUAGUACAUUUAUAACUGUUGCCAUUUGAAUGACCAACAAAUUUUCAGCUUCUUUUACUCUUUUUAUGCUACUUGCCUGGAACCGAAAUAUUAGUAGGACCUAAAACGUUUUGCGGAAAGGUAUUUGAAAAUAAAAGGUUUUUGUUUAAACUGAUUACAGUUGUAUAUUUUUUCAAUUGUUGAUUUGAGACAAAUAUUUAAAACGUAAAAAACUUUUUCCUUCUUUUACUUAGUGACGUUUUAAAUUUUUGCAUGUAUUUGUGACAAAACAUGUACUUAGUAAGUUUUUAGAUAUGCAUGACCUUCUGUGCCAUGUUUUAGCAAUUAAAUAUUUGAUUCUGGGAUUUAAAGUUUGGCUAUCCUGAACAUGUAUAAUCAACACACAUGCCUCAGUUUGAAAAUGGUACACGCUUGUCACUUCACGUUUCAAAUCCCAUGGAGUAAUUGCUUUUUAUAACACUAAGAUGUCUGUAAAGCUUUUAAACUAUUAAUAAAAUUGUUACACAGG